AUGGAGCCAAAACCAUGGGUGAAUCUAUUUAAAGGUAGUACACUCCCUUCUAAAGUUUUUGCGUUGAAUUUUAUUGCUCCCACAGUUUGUGAUGGCACACCCAUAGCUGUACUUGAUAAGAAUGAGAUUCAAAAAAUGAAUGAUUUGUGGGGAAAUGCAAUUGUCAUGUAUGUGGUUGGGGAAAAGCCUUCGAUUGGUGCUAUAUUGAGAUUCAUUGCAAAAGAAUGGCAUCAAGUUAGUAAACCUCAGAUUUUCCUCCAUGAUGAGGGCUAUUUUGUGAUUAGAUUUCAGUCGAAGAAGGACAAGGAAUCAGUACUGGUGGCUGGUCCUCAUAUGUUCUUUGGCAAACCUAUGAUGGUUAAACCUUGGACAGCAAGUUUUAAUUUCCAGGAGGAAAUAUUGAGGGUUGUUCCAGUGUGGGUUAGAUUACCUAACUUACCACUAAGUUGUUGGGGGGGUGAUUCAUUGAGCAGAAUAGGGAGCUUGCUUGGAGAUCCUCUAUUUGCUGAUGAUUGUACUUCUAAGCAGCAAAGAAUAUCCUUUGCUAGAAUUCUCAUUGAAGUGGAUGUAACUGGUGACUUGCCUAAAUCUGUGCAGAUUCAGGAUCCUAUGGGUAACAUUGUUAAACAGGUGGUUGAGUGGAAACCUAAAGCUGUGCAGCCUGUUCUUGAACCAAAAACUACUGAUGAGUUGAAUACUAAUAAUGCUGUACAAGAGGAUGAUGGGGAGAAUGGAGAGUUAUCUGUUAAUGAUAAACCUUUUACUCCAAUUUCUCCAGUUCUUGAUGAAGGGUGGAGAGUUGUUUCAAGGAGAAGAAGAGAUAUCAGAACUCCAGCUCAGACUGUGGGGCUUGCUGAGGUCCAUUUGAAUGAGGAGGAUUUGGUUGUUGGUAGUGAUGGAGUGGACUUCCCAACUGAUCCACCAUGA